CUUAUGGGACAUACAUUUUUUAUAAACCGGGAAAAAUAAUGGCUGACAAAUUUUUUUGGUAGUUUCGGCUGAAGUUGAAGUACUUUGGAAAAAAGUGGAUCUUAACCGGGUAAAUUCAAGUUCGAUUUUCUUGUUACAACAUGUACUUUAUGAAAAAAUAGUGGCAGACACCUCAAACUAGCAGUAUGACGGUAAUUUGAAAUCAAGCAUGGAAGAAUUCCCAAAAAAUAUUAGUUAAAAGUAAAUAAGAACUGAAAAAAAUUUCUGACGCUUGUCAAAUAACUUCUAUAAUGACCGAGAAACGCUACACAAUAAUAGCAAACAUUUCCCACCUCCUCCUCCUCACUAACAAACGAACCACUUUUACUAUUUUUACCCCUUUUGGGGCGGUUUUGAGUGAGGGGAGGGAGGAGGGAAAUGUCUGGCAGCAUUGUAUAAGGUUUGUGCGAUAUGGAAGUUAUUUGGCAAGACGUUAUUUGAUUUCAAAUUACCAUCAUACUGCUAGUCUAAAUUGUGGCUGCCACUAUUUUUCCAUAACAGUGAAUGUUGUAACAAGAAAAUCGCACUUGAGUUUAUUCAGUUAGGAUCCACUUGAUUUUUAAAAAAAUGGAUGCUUUGAUUUACCGUUGCUUCCAGACAGUUAGGAUCCACUUUUCCCCAGAUUUAUACACCUUCCUCUAUCUCAAAAAUAUCUGUUCUGCCAUAUAUUUGUCCUAUAAGAGAAAAUGCUCCACUUCGAUUCAGGAGCAUAUUUACUACGCGACAGAAAGUUAGGGAUAUUGAAUAUUGUUAACAAUAAAAAUGAAUAAUCAAGCAACAGUUCGCCAACAAAUGACUGCACAAGAGAAGCUUGCUGAGGCUGCUCGUCUUCGUGAUCAAUUACGAAGUGAGAUUAUUGAAUCUAAAAAAUUAUGUAAUUACGAACCACAUGAAUGUCGACAUGUUCGAGUUGAAAAUCAUAAUUAUUGCCAUUUACAUAUUUUGGAGGAUGAGAAUGCACCUUUUAAGCAAUGUGCUUAUAUUUACAACAGUACCGGGAAGAAGUGUUACAUGCCAGCGUCUAAAAAUGAUAAUAAACAAGGGUAUUGUAAUGAGCAUAUAAAACGUGCUGCUGUUUUAAAAAACAAAACGACACAAAAAAUUGAACCGGCUGAAUCGUCGGAAACCAUAUUACAUAGCUUAAUUCAUUAUGUGAAGCCAACAAGUAGUCGACAUCGUACGCAAUCAGGGAAUUCUGAUAUCAGUAAUAACCACCGUGUGCGAACUGUUUCUGGUAGUUCAGCUGAAAAAGAUGAUGAAAAUGCCAAUGAUGAUUCAAAACAAGUCAUUACUCGCAGCUACGAUCCAUUCAAUGAAAUUGAUGCAGCCAAAGUUAAUGCUUCAUGUAAUGAAACUUUGGAAUACGCAAGUGAAUCCGAAUCAGAUGUGGAACCAACUGUUUAUAAUAAUGUAUGGCAUUCACAAAAUGCUGAUUUAUCAGAUAAUGAAAGUAUUGAUUCCGAAUGUGAAGAUCCUUUAAAACAUGCUGAAAUUUAUACAGCUGAAGAAGUAUGUUCAUUAACACGAGAUAAAUUAAUACGUUUACAAGAUUUAUAUAUUGAUCAGUUUCGUUUCUUACAACGGGUACUGCGUGAAAAACGACGUAAAUAUUUACAUGCAUUAAAAAAGGAGAAAGAAAGCUUAGCAAGUAUUCAUAAUCAAGUGCGUGAUAAUCCCAAAGAGUAUAAAUUGUAUCAAAAAUUAAAGUAUUUAAAUUCAUAUCAAAAACGUAGCGGUGUUGAAGCGAUUUUACAAAAGCGUGUCAACGACAUGAGAGCUAAAUUGUCAGUGGAUGGUACCUCGUAUAAAGCUCCACCAUUCGUUAAAUGUUUAUUUACUGAAGGUGGUGUUAAAUGUGGCUCAAGGGCAUUGCCACAUGCAAAACAUUGUCUAAAACAUAUUCUAAAUGAUCCUACGCAAGUUUUGUUUCGUGCGUGUGGUGUAAGCCGUGGUGAUGCUGAUAUGACAUGCCAUGAACCUGUACCAGAUGUAUUUCCUGAUCAAGCAUGUGUAUAUCAUACAGAUAUACCAGCAUUACGAAGUUAUACACAUAUGAAGCGAGACGAAGAUGACUUGGACAGCUCCACUGAAACAGUAGACAUACCAAAAUCUGUAGUACCUUCUUCUUCCAAUACAAAUAAUAAUUAUAGCGUAGGUAUUCACACAAAUAAUAUCAAUCAAUCUGCAUUGAUUCAGCAGGAGCAACAAACUUCGUCAUCUUCGGCUGAUUAUACAACAGCAACAACAGACAACAAUGCUGAAGUUUAUGAGAUGUUGAAAGUCGACGACCUCUCUUCAAAUAUUGAAAUACAAGAGAAUGUCGCCGACGAUCUACAUCUACAAGUCGAAGAUACUGCUGAAAUGAUUGUUGAUAAUGAAUUAGAAGUUGCAACUGUCGAAUAAGUAAAAUCUCAUGUACUUUUUUAAAAAAUAAUUAUUAUGUAUAUAUUCAAAUUAAUUAAUAAAA